CCUGGUCAUGGAGCUGACGAUCACAUUCCUCAAUGGGAAAAGUUUCCCACUCACCGCGCCGCUUCACACUACUGUCAGACAGCUGAAGUCCAUGAUCCAGGAGUGCGAGCAGGUGCCCAGCGCAAAGCAGCGGCUGAGUACGCAGAACGGCAGCAGGAUCGACCUCAAAGACGACUCGAGGACGCUGCAGGACUACGGUCUACAUUCGGGAUGCACAGUCGUCGUGCUGAUUACACAGUCCUAUCAAGUGCUUCUGAAAAAUGAUAAGAACGUGACGCACACAUACGACGUCGCCCCGGGAGAGACCGUCGAUCAGUUCAAGGUCAAGGUGGAAAACAAGGAGGGCGUCCUUGUCCAGCAACAGUGGCUGGUCUACGGAGGCAAGACGCUGGAGGAUGGCCAAAAACUGGAGGAUUACGGGAUAAAAAGAGGGAGCACCACCCAUCUCUUGCUGCGCGUGAGAGGGGGCUGAACGUGAUGGACUGCGCCAAGCUUUAAGCAUUUUAGAGAUUAUUUUUAAUAAUGUACUGAAUCGGUGAAAAUUCUGAACAAUCGGGAUAAGAAAUUGUUAUAUUGAAGACUCAAUAAAGGGGACCACACUGAACUACCUUGAUUUUACUUUUCGGUUGUGUUUAAUUGAUACUUUUGCUGAUGAUACACAAAAUAGUUUGUAUCUCAUGAAUAUUCUGUAUUGUAUAAUAUGUUGAAGUGUUAAAGGUGAAUAUGCAAGGAUGCUGUCUAUGUUACAAAGGCCACGAUUGGUACAACCCUCUGUCAUAGAUGCAAAAUGUUAAAGUUCCCAAAACUAUUUUUUCCUUCGAGAUGUACUGUAUGGAACUUAUAAUGCCUAUUAUACUACUAUAAUAUACAUGUACUUAUGUAUUCAUGCAAUUGUAUUGUAAUGACUGUAUUGUAAUGGUCUCGUGACUGUUAUGCUGCCACUCUGUCUUGGCUAGGUCUCAUUUGUAAAAUAAGUUUUAAUCUCAAUGCGACUUCCUAGUCAAAUAAAGGUAUAUGGGUUUACAAAAAA